AUGGUCCAUCCUAUGCGAGAGCUCUUGGACGAGGGCGGCCUCACCCCCAAAAGUCGUGACCGUAUGUUCACCACUUUCCUUGACUUGAAACUGGAUCACCACCACGACUUCAUCACCCAAGUUCGUGAUCAUGUGCAAAAAUACGGAUACAAAUGGGCCGACCUGGAGAAGUCCAAGACCGAGCGACAGCUUUGCGCGACCAGCUUUGUGGAAGACUGGGGAAAGCUGUAUUGGGGCACCGAGACUAAUCGCAAAGAGCAUCUGCUGGAAGAGUCUUUGGAUGACCCUGGCUGUCUCUGUGUGUACCCUGAUCGGAAGGACGAAAUUGUGCGGGCUGUGGCUAUUCUGUUAGAGCGAAAGGCGAGAAGCCACAUGAAAACUGCUAGACAGUCGAUGGAGGCAGUUGCCGCUCCCUCUACGCCCAAACCACCUGUCCAGCCCUGCAACAGUUCUCAGCCCGUCUCUCAGCCCGCCCUUCGCAAGGAAAACAAAGCGAAAAGAAAGAGAGACGAAUGUCUCAGUCAAUCCCCAUCUCCAUCUUCAUCUCCAUCCCAAGACGAAUCGAGACGCCACAUCGCUCGAAAGUCCAGCGGUAGCCUGUCGAUUCGGCCCUUCCGUGACAUCGCCAGCCCCGACGAGGACAUUAUUGCUGAUCGGGACAAGUCGAUGCCCCGAGGGACCCAGGAGCUUGUCACCACCCUUUCUCACACUGAUACUGGUAGAGACACUGAUAUGGCAGGAAUGACUCACUUUCUGGUUAGCAUCUCCAACCAGCAGGGCCUGGCACCCACCUGGAUUCCAUUCCAAAGGUUCACCUCGACCGUAUCCUUUCUGUCCCACAUGUUGAGCGAAUGUACCCUUCAGUACUGGGACAGUCACGCGCAGGCGCUCACCAACGUGCAGCUCGAGCAUCCGCCGGUCGUGGUGGCGGCUUCGGUGAAGUUUACCUGGUCGGAUUUCGAAAUGCGCCUUCGUCAGGGCCGGGAUGAGGACUGGAAACUAGUUAUGACACAGUUGGAAAAAGCGUGGAAGGAGAGUGAGCUCAGCAAGGACAGUUUUUUCUACGAUGGAUUCAAGGUUCUUGUGAGGCUUCAUGUUAUGGGAUGA